CUGAAUACAAUGCAGUAUUUCGCCAGACUGCGAGCGAUACGGACCGGCAACGGAAUCCAAAGCGAAUUGCCGGACCCGGAUAUCGUUACAAAAGGCGCGUAAUAUUUGGUGAAUGGUGGUGACCCUUUGAAGCCACCUGCGUACACCUGCCAAGUGGUCAGCCAGUGCGUCUCCGGUGAAGUGCACUAAAACUAGAAAUCCGUGGGAUUCACUUUAGAAUGUCAGCUCCUGCGGCAGGUGCGGCGUCUGCCGUCCUAGACUUUGACGACAUUCUGGUCGAGAUCGGAGAAUUCGGACGCUUUCAGCGACGGAACUAUCUGCUCAUAUGCCUGCCCGUUCUUUUUGCGGCCGCCAACAGCCUGUCGUAUGUUUUCACGGCAGGAUCGCCGACCUAUCGAUGCUACGUGCCCGAGUGCGAUAAGCUGGAUGAUGCGGAAUAUGGAGCCGAUUGGGUGUCGAUUGCCGUGCCUGGCAGCUGGAGCAAGCGUGGCCACUUUACGCCGUCCACCUGCGAAAGGUUCGUGGCGAACGAUGGCCACUUUGAGUCCUCAUCGGAUCCUUGGAGUGCGUGGCCCUUGGAUCAGUGCUUUGCUGAGAAUUUUACGACGGAAACGGAGCGGUGCCAUCAGUUUGUGUACGGCAGUUCGGAACGGACCAUUGUGCAGCAGUGGGGACUGCAAUGCCCGGAGAAUCUCUGGAAGCUGGCCUUCGUGGGCACUGUGCACUUUGCUGGUCUGGUUGUGGGAACAGCUCUAUCCGGCUACCUGGCCGAUCGAUAUGGACGCAAGCACAUUUUCCUGUUCUGCAUCGUGUUCAUGGCGCUGACGGGAGUGGCGCAGGCGCUGUCCUGGGACUACAUAAGUUUCCUGUUCUUUGCCUUGCUGAAUGCAGUGGGCACUUCCGGUGUCUACCCGCUGGCCUUCAUCAUUGGGGUGGAAAUGGUAGGGCCGCGGAAACGCGAAAUGUCCUCCAUUGUGCUCAACUACUUCUAUGCCGUGGGCGAGGCGCUCCUGGGCCUGUCCGUUUUCCUGCCCGACUGGCGGCAAUUGCAGCUGGCGCUCUCUGUGCCGCCGCUCAUCUGCGUGGCCUACUUUUGGCUGGUACCGGAGUCCGUCCGGUGGCUCCUUGCUCGUAACCGGCGGGAGCAAGCGGGAGUCAUCAUCCGGCGGGCGGCGAAGGUUAAUAGGCGAGACAUCUCCGUCGAGCUUAUGGCCAGCUUCAAGCAACAGGAGCUUGAUGGUGAAACGAGCCAAGAGGAUGAUGUCGAGGGUGGCCUGCACGUGCAGAAGGAUGACAAGAUCUGGCUGGCCAUCAAAGAGGUGGCGGGCUCUCACGUUUUGAUGGGCAGAUACGCCAUCUUGCUGCUCAUUUGGGCCGUCAAUGCCAUCGUCUAUUAUGGACUCUCGCUCAACGCCACCAGUUUAAGUGGCAACAAGUACCUAAACUUCGCCCUGGUUUGCCUCGUAGAGAUACCCGGCUACAGCCUCGCCUGGCUGUUCCUGCGGAGAUUUGGACGACGUGUGGCACUUUCCGGCUCCUUGCUGCUCUGCUCUAUCACAUGUGUGGCCAGCGGAUUCGUUACACUAGCGCAAGAAGAUUGGAUUCCCUGCCAGAAUGGAGCCGAUAGUAGGCACUCGUGGAGUUGUGCCAACUGGCUGGUUGUGACGCUCUUUCUGGUCGGAAAACUCGGCAUCACAUCCUCCUUUGCAGUCAUCUACACGUUCACUGCGGAAAUGAUGCCCACGGUCAUUAGGAGCGGCGGCGUUGGUGUGAUGUCCACAUUUGCCCGCUUCGGUGCGAUGCUGGCUCCAUUUGUGCCUCUAUUGGCUUCGUACUAUGACCCACUACCUCUGCUUCUCUUCGGGACAUUAUCGCUCGUGGCUGGAAUCCUCUCGCUGUUACUGCCGGAAACCUUCAACCGAAAACUACCGGAUACGGUGGAAGAGGCGAUUGCAUUGGGGAAAUGAUUCAUGAAUGAUUCUUAUUUGGAUGGACAUAUUUGUCACUGAUCAGCAACAUAUAUAUUUUCAUAAAGGGACGUUGCUGGACUAAAAAAAUACUCCUAAUAAAAUAUUGUAUACAAAAGGA